AUGACUAAACAGCCCAAGGAAGAAAUAUCAGUAAAAAUGCCCGGAAAUGAGAAACCUCUGGCAACUAUCAUAGAAGGCAGGUGGUAUUCUAUCGGGAAGAAUGGCAGACCAACUAUGGAGCUAACAAGAACUCAAAAGAGGAGGGUUCAAAGGCAGUACUGUACAUUCCUCAAUAACAAGAGUAAUGCGCAGAUACUUCCAGAGACCAAUUCUACCAACAAAGGGAAAGAGCCAGAAAUGCUUCCCAGACAGAACAAGCGAUCUCCCAGCCAGAGAAGCUGA